UAUUGCAGUUUUUAGGUGCGGAACGAGCGCCAUCUGCUGAAGGAAUGGAUGAACUAUUUCAGACGGCGGAGCAAAAAAAACGGCCGAAAAAUUCAAAAAAUAUUGGCGCCCAUUCCUUCCUCUUCUUCCUCUUACUCCCUUCCCCUCCCUGCCUUGCCUUAUACUUGCGCUUCAGCCCGUGCCUUUCGCCGUCAGCUGAUUGUGUGUAUGCGUUGGUGUAUGGUGUAUAUAUGUACAUUGCGGUUGUGUAUUGUAUUUGGUGGAUGUUAGCAUUUAUUUAUUCGUGUGUGACCUUGACGAUGCGGGAGAAGCUGGUUCAUUUUGGGAUUUAAAGUGUUAUCGGUGUAUUGAUGGUUUAUUUUAUUUCGUGCCGCUGCUGAUGAGGCCAUUUAAUGCCCGUGCCAAUCGAGGGUGAAGAAGCCAAUUUCAAACAAGCGUACGAGAACGUCUAACACUGAUCUAAUAUUUUUUUAAAUCUGAACAUGUUUGAUGCUUCAACGACCUUCUAAAGAUCAUGUAGCACGGUGUAUAGUGGCAAUAAAAAAAUUUUUUUUUUCAAUGUGCCGGAAUUUGUCUCCAGUUUUCUGGCCACGACACACACACACGGACACACACACAGCGCGGGGAAAGUGAUCGUCCACUCUAUCAUGCCGCGAUCCCCCUUCCCUCCCGGUGCUUUGGAUGAGGAUGCGCUACAAGUUAAGCCAGCAAUUCUACCCAUAAGGUAGCGGAAAUCGAUCGUUCGUGUACGCGCGUUCGGGGGUGCGUUCUCGCGUACGCGCGUGCAUGCGUGCGUGCGAGUGUGUGUGUGUGUGCGUGCGGGAACCCCAAAACUGUUUGAUUCUGAUGCGUGCAUUGUCACCGGCUGCGUCUACACACUCCAUGCAUUCUCAGAAAACGCACUGUACGCCGCCCGGUCGAUUACCGCUACCUAGGAGACAAUACAACCAUUUAAUUGGCACCACCAUCUUUGCGACCAGUUCUGCUGUUGGGGGUAUUAAAAAGACAAACGAUCGAAGCAAACGUGCAUGUGAUAUGUUACACAUUUCUUUCCAAUUCCGCUAGCGGACGCAAGUGGAAACAAAACUUGAAUUGAAUUCAUACAAAAGAGAAUUCUGGUUUGGUUUAUUACGCGCGUAUUGUACUGCACCUGUCCGUCCAGAAUCUGGUGGCUUGUUGGUUUUGAGUCGGUAUCAUGACGCCGUGCCUUGGAAUGGGUUCGGAUCGGUAGGUUCAUGUUUUGGUCGAGUGCAUUCCGUGCAUUUGUCGCGUCACAGCGGUAACACGGCAGCAACAAAGUCAAGAUAAACUCUUACCCGGGUGUGGACUGCUACGCUAAGUUCUUUUUAUUAUUAUUAUUGGCGUAAUAGCCAACGCGAUCAUGUCGGCCUUUUCAGGACUUGAGUACCACGUAGCCGGAUAGUCACCUCUUGCUACGGCGGACGGUUCAUACGCGGUUAGAACCCACGACGGGCAUGCUGUUAAGAUGUGCGGAAUGAUGGCGGUGCCGCGGGCCCGCUCCUAUCCAGCGGGCAACUUGCAUACUGGCACACUGUAUCCUGCCCGAUGCAUACGCUGCAGGCAGGGGGAAGGAUGCAGCUCCACAAUAAAAAAAACACCGUCAUGAACACCUUCCUUUCUUUGACCGAUGGAUCAUAACAUUCCGGAAGAAAACACAUUCGGCGACAGUUGUGCACACACACGCACACUCACACCCAUGCGCAUACGACUCAGCAUAUCUGUGCAAUCUACAACAUAUAAAAGGAAAAUCAUAGUGUCUCAUAAACUUAAGCUUUAUGUAAUUUGGUUUAAGCUUUCCUAUGCACGGCCAUGGCCACCUGUGUUGCGUGCGCUACUUCGAAAUAGGGUUCUGCGCGUUGCUCAGCCAACCCUCCAGCGUGAGAUAGCGAUUCCUUAGUCAUUUUUACAUUGCAGCGAUUGAACUCAUUGCGCUUUUUUGGUUUGAUUUGUGAAAAAUCAAAUGCAGCGCCGCAAUGUUUGUUAACGGUUUUUUUUAAGCGCCACAACAGCUCGCGAGCAUUGACCACACGCGUGAAAGAGAUAGCGCUAUGGAGGGAAAAAGCACGGACGACGGCUGACAGCGAUUGGCCGUCUGACGCACCAACACAUCCAAACAUCCACAUCCUUCAGCAGCGUGCUCAGGCGAGGGGUAGGAAGCGGAGCCAGGGACGGGUAGCUCGAAACGCUGCUCGACAAAUUUGCCGUUGGAGGAAAAAAGAAGGCCUGAGAAAAUGCGCGAAAGGGAAUGAUUUCUUCCGUCGCUUUGCACAGGGGGUGAUGUCGAGGUAAACAAUAAUUCCAGAUUUGUUUUGAUUAUUUGCUUAACGCGGCUACAAUUUUGCUAAUUUUAGACGAAACGUUCUACAAUUGGUAACAUGUGUGAGAAAUAGAGAGCUACCCGUUGCCAACUACGCGGAUUCCUUGAGCGCAACUACAUGAAUUCCCAACAAGGACAAACAAAAACAACAUUUUGGUCCUCUGAUUGCAGUUGGUACACAAGAUGAGUGGUACUAGUAGCGUUCCGGUUGGUAGACUUGUCCCGCCACCCCUUGUGCCUUUGCCUAAUUGUCACGCACGAGCGAAACAGGUACAGGCACGCCUGUUCAACGAGAUCCCCAUUCCCACGAGCUACAUAGCCAACUGCCGGCUCUGCUUGGGUACCCAAUUUGGAAACAGAUGUACAACUAUUAUUGACGAGCCGUUAAUCUCCAUGAUGAAGCAGGUGUUUCCCAUCGUGAUAGCGAACCAGAUAGGGCUACCGAUGAAUGUGUGCACCGAAUGCGUAAAGACGGUGGAGACAUUUUACAUGUUCAGCAGUCAGGUGUUGGCCAAUCAGAACAAGCUGUUGGCAACCUUGCCGGAUGUAAUACGUCCGGUUCAAAAUAAUAAUGAUGUGGAAUGCAGAGAAAAUCCGGCCUCGACACAAGAACCACCAGAGAACGUUCUCCGCGAGGAACCGGAGGCUCCGAUUGAUACGGAUUUGUUGAUAAAAAUAGAAAAAGACGAUGAACAAGAAGGUUCCGACCCAUUGGCAACUACUGAAGAUAUUGUAUUCGAUGUCAUCGACGAAAUUCCCGAUUUAAAGCUAGAAGAAGAGGCAAUUGAUCUAUUCGAGCUAAACUCUGAUGCUGGGAUGGACCCACUAUUGAAGGAAACAACAAACCCACUCGAGAUAAAUCCUGAUGCUGGGAUCAACUUACAAUUGGAGGUUAAGGAAGAAAUGUUAACAGAUCCGUCACCUGAUAGUGUCGCAGAUAGCGAAACACUUGUGCAAGAUUCACUUGUCAAGGUAAAACCGAAGAAACAAUCUAAACGGAAUAUACCUCCAGGAUCCAGAGUGUUCAAUCGUCCACUUAACUUCUGUCCAGUGCAUAGUAUCUGGUUUGAACUCAAGCAAAUAAGCAGUGAACCGGAGCUAAUAGAAAUGAACCGACGAUUAAAAGACGAUGUAUUUAUGCAGCAGCUGAUAAACUGCUUGCGACAUAUAGCGGAAGAAUCAAUUUCGGUUCAUUUGAUGAAUAAAUCGAUGGACAUUCUGUUUGACGUAGAUUUCCUUGCAUCCUGUGGCUGGCGCAAUGUGGAGGGAAAAAUACCUCUGCAACACCAUUCCAAAAUUCAUGAGCUGUUCAAUAGGUUGGGUGUACCCGAAGGACAAAAAAUGGCAGCAUAUAAAAUUCAGAGAUACUUUGUCGUGAAAAUACAACUCGCAAGACGACGAGCUCAAGAAUCAUUAGAUGAAUUGCCAUCAGAGGACCAAGCGCAGGCGAUCCUAUGCAAUCUGGUACCUACAAGUGGAGAAGAAAACGCCCUACAAGCUGAAGAUUUUACUUCCACACACCGAUUGAAAAAACGACGUAAAAUGUAUCCAUCGGUCCAAGAAGUUCUUAUUCAUCCUAAGCGUAACUGUUGUUCGCUGAAACUCAAGCAAAUUAGAAGUCUUCCAGAGCUCAUCGAGUUUAAUCGUCGACUAGAAGAUGAAGAGUUCAUGAAGCAAGUCAUAAAGUAUUUGCGGUACGAGGCGAAAGAACCAAGGCCGGAUCUCCUUAUGAAUAAAUCGUUGGACAUGCUGGUAGAUAGGCAUUUCUUAGCAACCUGCCUCUGGCGUGGAGAUGCUCGAAACUCAUUGAAACAACAUUCAAAGAUUUUGGAGCUGUUUAGUAGAUUAGGUGCUUCGGAAGGAACAAAACUGCCAGGAUUUAAAGUUGGUGCUUAUUUCCAACUUCGACUUAGCUAUGUAAAACGAAGAGAAAAGUUUUACAAUACAUCAAGCGGAACAAUGGAUGAAGCAAAUUCUAACAGUGAUACAGAACUGCAAGAAGAAGACAUUUUGCGCGAUAGCAUAGGUAAUACACCGUGUACAAGUGUAGAAGAAAGUGUAGAACAAGCUCAAGAGAUACAUUUCAAAGAUCCACUGAAGAAACGUAAUCUCAAAGGACCGAUGCGCUUUGUUCGAUUCAAUUCGGGUGCAACUUGCUGCAAGCUCGAUAUCAAACAAAUUACCAGCGAACCAGAGAUGGCAGAGCUUAAUCGUCGACUGGGAGACGAAGAAUACAUGAAGCAGAUCGUCAGUUACUUACAGUUUGAAACUGGAGAAUCAAGGCCAGAUCCGCUGAUGAAAAAAACGCUUGACAUUCUGUUUGAUAGACGUUUCUUUGUCGGCGUAAGUUGGACCGGAAAAUGUAAUAAAAUAGCUUUAGAACAUUAUUUAAACAUCCUCGAAUUGUUUAAAAGGUUAGGUGCGUCAAAUGGUGUGAACGCAUCAUCAGAACAAAUAGAAAGGUUUUUUAAUACUAAAUUUAGACACGCAAAGCGACGAGCGAAUUCAAAGACAGUCAACAGUGCGUCGGCUGCGGAAGCCAUGCAACAGGAAAUCGUAGUGAUUGAUGGGAAGAGUAAAUAAAAUAAAAUAAAUCAUAUAA